CUUAUCAGCUUGAGAAGGAGGAAGAGCUGUGCUGGGUUUGUUGUCAUUCCCACACUGAGUAGAGUACUUGCUGCUUUUGUGGUUAGGCUGCCCUGCCGUUUUCUUUUUUUGUUAUUAUUAAUAUUUUUAUUGUUAUUAUUAAUACAAUGGUGUCUAUAAUCUCUGACUUGGAUCCUCUGAAAGGCUGGAAAGUUUUAAGAGAGACUUCCACAGAGUUGUCUGGAGCAUUACCAAGUAACGGCACAGCUAACAAGAUGAAUGGAGCUUUGGAUCAUUCAGACCAACCAGACCCAGAUGCCAUUAAGAUGUUUGUUGGACAGAUUCCCCGUUCAUGGUCGGAAAAAGAGUUAAAAGAACUUUUUGAGCCUUACGGAGCUGUCUACCAGAUUAAUGUUCUCCGAGACAGAAGUCAGAACCCUCCCCAAAGUAAAGGUUGUUGUUUCGUAACAUUUUAUACAAGAAAAGCUGCUCUUGAGGCACAGAAUGCACUGCACAAUAUUAAAACUUUACCUGGGAUGCAUCAUCCUAUUCAGAUGAAACCCGCAGAUAGUGAAAAGUCCAAUGCUGUGGAAGACAGAAAAUUGUUCAUAGGAAUGGUUUCAAAGAAGUGUAAUGAGAAUGAUAUCAGGGUGAUGUUUUCACCGUUCGGCCAGAUAGAAGAAUGCCGAAUCCUUCGGGGACCUGAUGGGCUGAGCAGAGGCUGUGCGUUUGUCACAUUUUCUACAAGGGCAAUGGCACAGAAUGCAAUCAAAGCCAUGCACCAGUCUCAGACCAUGGAGGGCUGCUCUUCGCCAAUCGUGGUGAAGUUUGCUGACACCCAAAAGGACAAGGAGCAGCGGCGUUUGCAGCAGCAGUUGGCACAGCAGAUGCAACAGCUCAAUACUGCCACUUGGGGAAACCUCACAGGUCUUGGAGGACUCACACCACAAUAUCUAGCUCUUCUGCAGCAAGCAACUUCCUCCAGUAACUUGGGUGCCUUCAGCGGCAUUCAGCAAAUGGCCGGCAUGAACGCUUUACAAUUACAGAACUUGGCAACUUUAGCAGCUGCAGCAGCCGCCGCCCAAACCUCAGCUACCACCACCAAUGCAAAUCCUCUCUCCACAACGACUGGUGCUCUGGGAGCCCUCACAAGUCCUGUGGCUGCAUCAACUGCUAAUUCCACAGCUGGUGCGGCCAUGAAUUCUUUGACUUCUCUGGGUACUCUCCAAGGACUGGCUGGAGCCACUGUUGGACUGAAUAAUAUUAAUGCACUAGCAGGUACCGUAAACAGUAUGGCGGCCCUGAACGGAGGACUCGGCGCAACAGGCUUGACGAAUGGUACGGCCGGCACGAUGGACGCACUCACCCAGGCCUACUCAGGAAUCCAGCAGUACGCUGCGGCCGCACUGCCCACCUUGUACAGCCAGAGCUUGUUGCAGCAACAAAGCGCCGCGGGCAGCCAGAAGGAAGGUCCAGAAGGGGCAAACCUCUUUAUUUACCACCUCCCCCAGGAGUUCGGAGACCAGGACAUUCUGCAGAUGUUCAUGCCUUUUGGAAAUGUUAUCUCUGCUAAAGUCUUCAUUGACAAACAGACCAAUCUGAGCAAGUGCUUUGGUUUUGUUAGCUAUGACAAUCCAGUCUCUGCACAAGCUGCUAUCCAGGCUAUGAACGGCUUUCAGAUUGGCAUGAAACGCUUGAAGGUUCAGCUGAAACGCUCCAAAAAUGACAGCAAACCUUACUGAUCUUAACCCCAGAUGCUUACUGCUCUUAUUUUAGCUUUCUUAGGGUAAGUCCCAUGAGCAAACCUGUCCUCUGCAGGGGGGUUAAGAGAGAACAUAUAGCCAACCUUCACCAAGAGACAGUUAUUUUUACAGUUACCACUUCCAUUUCCCCACUUGUCCUUACUACACUUGGCUCCCAUUUCCUUGCCAAGUAAUUACUGAGUUGUGUUACUGUAUUUUGUUUUGCAGCAUAAUUUAUCUCCUUUUUAACAAAUAAACGUCUUGAAAUUCAAAGCAACACACACACACACAAAAAAAAUGUGCAAUUUAACUCUGUGAACCCUGGUGCCAUUAGCACACAAUAAAAGUUGUUUUGUAUGGUUGGAUCCUAUUUUACCAGGGUGGCACCAGCAGUUUAUAGGUUAAAGAAAAUGGCCUCAUGCCAGUUGAAGCACUUAUUUUGCAACAAGAAAAUUGAAACAAGUCUUUCCACUACAUCAACUUGUUUUUUGAGAAGAUUUGAUUUUUUUUUUCAGUUCAAAACAAUGUGUUGUUAUAUAUUAGUCUGAUUUUACACUGGUCGUCUUUAUAUUUCACUUUUUUUUAAGUUCUUGUUUUUUUGGAAAGGAUUAAUGUAAAAAAGAUUUAGAGAUCUGUUUCUAAAGCUACAGGGUUUAAAAUAAAAAUAAAAUAAAAUAAAAUGAGUGACAAUACUUGAUGUUUCUUGAGAGAUAAAUUUAAUAAUAAUAAAAAAGAAAGCCACAGGCCUGUAAAUUUUAUUUGUAAAAAGCAUUUCUAUUUUUAUACAAAAUUUUUACUGCCUCAGAAAUAAUGGAAGUUAUUUAUUGCCUAUUGUUAACUUAUUGGAUACCUAAAGAGCAGCUCUCUAUGCUAGCUAGAUCCUUUGAAGUAGUCUCUAGAGUAAUUGUGCCAAGAAUGGGCGCUUUUUCACUGUUGAACCCUACACCCUUUACAGUUCAUGCUUUUAUCCUCUUGUUUGUAUUUGUCUGGUUAUUUUGUUCGUAGUUUCCAUUACCUAGUUUAAAGUUCAGUUGUCUGACCUUUUUUUCCCUCCCCGUACCUUUAUGUUACAUUUGUAGAAACUGGUUCUUUCCUCUCUUUUCUCCCCAAAGACGAAUCCAUUCUCUCUGACUCCUUUCAGAUGGAUUCUUUUGGGGUUCCAUUGUGCUGUUGUUGACAAGUAUUGUAAGUUAAUGCAAAUUAUGUGAACAGCUCAUAGACUCUACUGACAAAAGAUUUGCAUUAGUUUUCUCCUGCACCCAUAAAAGUGAUUUUGUUUGUGCUGCAUAGAUUCUAUGUAACUUUUUUCCUCUUCCUUGUUUUUUCCCUAGACAUCUCCAUGCCCGUUAGCCCAUCGUUUGCCUAGCAUGUCCCUGUGGCGUCUCAAAAAAAAAAAAAAAGUUUCAUCGUCCCGUCAUUGUUUCUGAUGUCUUUCUGACCUCACAUCAUAUUUGGUUCUCCUACUGACCUUUGAUCUAGUUUGACCUUUGAAAUUUGCAUGUGACCUCAUCUAGCUAUGAAUUCUGGGAAGUCAAUGUGAAAAAACAUUGCUGCAUUCAUGCAAGACUGAAAUUUAUUAUUAGAUAAAUUAAUGAUAGGAUUUAAAAACAACCUGUGGCAAAAUGUUUUUUCUUUCUUUCCUUUUUUGUUUUUCUUUUUUCCUUUGUUCUAUUUUUUUUUCAUUUCGUAAAAAAAAAUAAAAAAAAAAAACAGACUUGAAAGUAUUAUACAGGGAUUGGCAUUCUGCCUGGUCACUGGUGACAAUAGCAAUAUGUGUCCAGAGGCACAGAAUGUUGGUUUCUAACAGACUACUUCCAAAACAGUUUGAGAAAUAAAACUGUCUGAUUUUAAGUCUCUAGAGGUCUGUAAUAGUUUUUACAUUUUUCAGGCAGUGUAAAGUUUUUUGAUAAGGCCAUUUUAGGUGGCUCACUUUCUCAUUAAAGUAUAUAUAUAGAACCACUUUUUGUAGAUUAGUAUAAGAAAAUAUUUACCCUGUUUUAGGGCAAAUGCUACCUACUUGUGUCACCUUUUGCUGAACUGACUCACAGUUAGACAAUCCAUGGUUUAAUGCACAUGAAAUUACCUAUAUUUUAUACUGUUUCAAUGUACAGAAGAAAGGUUACUGUAAAAUGUGUUACGUUGGUGCUUCUGUGAAUUAAGUUGUGGUUUCAUCAUGAGUCUUAUGGUCUUAAGUGUUCUAUGUUUAUAAAGACAAGUUUAAAAUUGGUUUACUUGAAGAACAAGAACAAAAACAAGAUUCAAAAAAAAAAAGAAAAAAAAAAGUUGUUUGCUUAAAAAAAUGAAUUUCAUGUGAAAAAUUAAAAAAUAUUCCAGAAUAAGUUUGUGUUGGCUUGUGACGCAUUGAUGUCAUUUUUUUAUUGUGAACAAUUUAGAUGUGUUUGUGUUCAGCAAAAUGUGAUCGGUUUUUCUUUUAAAGAAAAAAAAAAUCAGUGAAACUAUAGUGCCAAAUUCCAAAGGUACUUUCUUCCUAGAGCUUCAGUGUGUUUCUUGUGUGAAGUAAUUUGAUAACAUGGGUAUUUUAUUAUGUGUUUUGUAUAAAUCCCUAAUAUUUAAAGAAAAAGAGGUUAAAAAGUUUGUUAACUUGCUAUCCUGUGGUCUUGUUGCCUGAAAUUGUUAUUGUUUGUUAUUUCUCUUUGAUGUUUUUUGUAAAACAUUGUAUAAGUGCCCAUGUUUCACUUUUUUAACCACUCUGCACACAUCAAUGCUGUGAAAGCAAACCUCACAAUGUAUUUUCUUCAUAUUGUAUGGAAACCUCUAAGGUGAGAAAGUUUUGAACUUUUAACCCUUUCCACCCAGAGCUGUCUUGAGUGUUAAUACCUUUUAUACAUUCACCAUUUUGCUGUUUAUUUUUAUAUAUAUAUCUAUAUCUAUAAAUAUAUAUAUACUUAGUUUUUUGUGGUUUAUUUAAUACAUGGUUGAAAUCAGAACAAUGCACAGGGCAGAUCUGAAGGACAAAAAUAUUUUACUGCUGUCUAAAUUUCUUCUGUAUCUAUAACUAAAAUUAUUUAAAACAGUAAUUAACUUGUGGUUUUCCUUUUUAGAUUUUGGGGAUUUUGUCUUUUCUUAAAGAGCUUUUAAUAUGCUGCUGGAAUAUGCUAUUCAGUAUUAAUAAAAUAAAAGAAAAAUAAAACAAUUCUUUAAUUAUCUAUUGUGUGAACCACUCCCAGAAAGGAGUGGUAAAUCCACCAUUUGAAAAUCGUGAGGAGAAAAAAAAAAUAUUUUUGUAAUUUAAAUAAAUGAACUUUUGCUUAAAUCAGAUGCACUAGAUCUUCCUGGGUGAAAAUUCAGCGUGCACUGCAGUUAAACUACUUUUUAUGGACAAAGUUUACAUACACUGUAAUGUUUGGUGUUAUCUGCCAUUAUCUGUAACGGCAAUAUAUUGGCUUACUCCUGCAGACACUCGUAUAGAGAGGAGUAACUUUACUCGUACAAGUAGUCCAUGGGAAUACGUAUGUGACUGAUGUGGGUGUUUGCUGGAGGAAGCUGUAAGGAGCCAGAAAAGAGAUGCUGGUAGCCCUUUCACUGCCUUGUAAGUCUGAUUAGAUCGCAUUUCUACCGCACACGUAGUGACCAACAACCAAAUUUGGUUCUUUGCUACCGGUAUAGCAAAUUCAUUGCCAAUCCAAUGCGUGUGAGCAGCAGUAUCUGCUACUGAUGAUAAAGUGCCAUACCUUCUUCCUAUUUCUGAUUAUAUUCGAAGUCACCUAAAAUUAAAAACGAAGCCCUAUAUGAACAACAUCAGCUGGUGCACUCUUGUCUCUCAUCCCCAACUUAAAUGCUUCUUUAUGUAAAGCCCUGGGAUGGAAAGGACUAGCCUCUAGUGAUGCAAAAAAGUUUCCUUCUUAUAGCACAUGCACUUAUAAAUAAGUGAUCUAUACUUUUCUCAUGUUUUUACUACUGCUGGGGCCUUCCUACACCCUUUGAGGGCUAUUUUGUACUACUUGCAGCGAUUUUGCAUAUUCAAAGUAUCAUCUCACGUACGUUAUAUUAUAUAUAUGUACAUAUAUAUAUAAUAUGAGAUCAUCAUUUGGAUUGUUUAGACUGUUUCACUAAUUUAUCCUCAUUGUACCCACCGUAUAAAUUUCCAAAGCUUUUUUAGAUGCCCUAGUGUGUCCUGCAGGUUUACCAGCCUAGUGAGAGUGGUGACGUCUUUGGUCAUCGGGCAGUGUAAUUUGGUAUCGGCCGCAGACCCGGGCGGUUGCCCCAAAUUACACUACACGAGACAUUGGCUUAGCAGUGGAAGAGGAGGAACAGUUCAGGAUUUCCAGGCAACUGAGAUGGGUCCAUCUUGAAAUUUAUUUAUUUUUUAAAUCAAAUAUAAAAAUGACAACCCAAACAUACACCUCCUCGGAGACAAAUUAUCUACCAGUUCUCUUUCAAAAUAUUGAAAGGAAAAAGCUGCAAGGGUGCAAGGGCCUAAUAAGAGAGGAAGAAAAACAAGGGAAAUUGCUUUACAAAAUUCUAAUCAAAAGACUAGACUAGUUGCUUUUUUUCAAACAAAUUAGCUAAUUGUGAUGAAAUGGCAGUCCUCAAAGGAGUAACAAGUUCAUCUUUCUUUCACCAUAGGGGUUACAGUUCCUUGGCUUGUGCUACUCUGGAAUCAUUUUACUGUUUCUGUUUUUAUUAUCUUAAGUGCUAAUUAACGAAAGGAAAAAAUAUCCUGUAGUUUCAUUACCUUUUUGGAUAAUGUCAUACAAAAAAAAAAAAAAGAAAACGAAAAAAAAACUAUGUAUUUGUGUUUUUUUUGUGCUGUGAGAAUUGUUGUUUGUAGAUUAAUAAUACUAUCAUUUUGUUUAGAAUUACAAACUAGUUUUUAAGUAUUGUCUGAGAAAAGCCAAAGUUAAUGCAAUCUAGUGGAAACUGUAAGACCAUUUGAGUAUUGUUUCUGUUUUAUUGAUGCAUUUGGAUUUUGUUGUUUGAUGGAAUUUGAGCCAAAAAAAAAAAAAAGAACAAGAAAAAAAAAAAAAAGCAGGCUUUCCUAUUUCUACAACCUGACUGUACUUAUGCAUUUUGUACCAGUGGAACUUUUUAUACUGGAGAUUAAAAACAAAUGGAAAUUUUUGUGGCUUACUCUUGUGGGCCCCCUCGAUCAUGACUGAUUUUCAAGUUUGAUUUCUGGAUGGUAGAAAGAGAGUUGGUUUUGUUUAGAGAAUUAAAAACUUUGGCUUGAUUUCUUUUUUUCCCUUUGCUUAUAUCUAGUGUUUAGAAUUUUGUCUUAACAAAAGCGGUAAGUUUCACUUUUUAUUCUGUAUCGUGCAGUUACACAAUAAGGUAAUUAGAAUUAGGAGUACUCGGUCACUUUGCGUGGAUAAAUGUAUUAGUUAAAACGUUAGGGGUUUGCUUUUUUGCUGUUUAGAUCAGAGUUUUUUCUGAUUCUUCUGUCCUCAUUGUGAACAUAACCGUGUAGUUGAAACAGUCAGACUUAUUUUUGUAACGUAUGUUAUUGUGUGAUGCAGUUUUUUGCUUCUGUCUCCAAUAUUAAACCAUUUUCCUAAUA